AUGGCACCUGUUCCAGUGUAUGUGAAAGGUGGUGUCUGGUCUAAUGUGGAAGAUCAAAUUCUGAAAGCAGCUAUUCAAAAAUAUGGGACUCAUCAGUGGAGUAAGAUUGCAUCGUUGCUCCAUAAGAAAUCUGCCAGACAGUGUGAAAUACGUUGGAAUGAAUUUUUGAAUCCACAGUUAAAUUUCAGUGAGUUUAGUAAGGAAGAUGAUUCUAGAUUAUUGGACUUGGCAAGAAAGCUACCUAACCAAUGGCGAACAAUCAGUGGUAUUAUGGGGAGAACAGCACAGGUCUGUAUCAACAGAUACAACAGGUUGCUUUCUUCAGAGGAAGCGAUAACCGAUAAUGAAGCAGUUUUAGGAUCAUCGUUAGAGUACAAAGUGGGUGAUCUUAAUCCUAAUGUUGAUACCCAAGCGGCGUUGCCCGAUAAAGAUGAAUUGGAAGAUGAUGAACGUGAGAUGCUAGCGGAAGCAAAAGCUCGUCUUUUAAACACUCAAGGUAAAAAGGCUUCUAGGAAAGUAAGAGAGAGAAUGUUAGAAGAAUCGAAAAGAAUUGCACAGCUACAGAAGAGACGUGAAUUGAAACAAGCUGGCAUUAGCACCAAAAUAAAAAGGGCAAACAAAAAAUAUACGGAUGAAAUCGAUUAUAAUGAAGAUAUCAUAUACGAACAAGUUCCUUUACAUGGAAUUUAUGAUACAAAGGAGGAAGAUGAAAGAACGCAAAAUGAGUUGGAUGAGUUUCAUGCUCUAGUAAGGAAAAGAGGGUUACAUGAGAAAGACCAAAGGAGAGAAACUGUUAGAUUGCCUGAAAAGAAGGGAAAAUAUCAGGGUAAGAAAAGGAAUAGGGAAGAGGCUGAGGUGGGUGAUACUAUUCAGAGAGGUGGUAAAUCAGUGGAGUACGACACCUUCAGAGUAGCUUCUGGCUUCAAACUUAGUGCGCCGGGUUCAACUACCGAAAAUACUUUAGGUAAUGAGAAAGAUAUUUCUAGUAAAAGAAGGAAGCUCUUAGAAACUAGAAAUGUCGGUACCUUGUUACAUAAGGAUAAAUUAACUAGUCUUUCCCAUAAUGUCGAACAAGAAAUUGAGCAAAAUAAUGAACAAUUUCUAGAAGCAGUGAAAAGAAGACAGUUAGCGCAGCUCUUUGUAACAUUACCACCGCCCAAAAACGACUUCGAGAUAUUACUAGAGGACGAAGAAGAGGAGAAUGCUAGUGACAUUGAAAACGGUGAGAUUAAAGAAAAGGAAGAAGCAAACAAAACGGAUAAGUACAUUGAAAGUGGCGAAGAAGUCGAUCUCUUGGAGAGUCAAAUUUCAGAGGAGAAAUCUCUUAAAAAACUGCGUACUCUAAAUCUAGAAUCAUUGAAUAUGAAUGAAUUACCCACACCUGACUUUAUCGAAAAUCCAAACACAUUAUUCGAAGAGACAUACAAUGAGUUACUGUCUAAUGGCAUAACAGGUGUUGCGUAUGAGGUUUCAGAUGAUGUGUUAAGUUGCUACGAUGCUGUGGAUAAAGCCCUGAAUACAAUCACGGUUCCGAUAAGUACAGAAACAAACAGCGCCAUUGUUGAACUGCCCUCAAGAGCAGUUUUAGGAUCCUCAAUUACUUCACAGAAGCUAAGAGUGCAAUCUUUACAGAAAGAAUUGAAUUUCGUAAAGCCAUUGAAAGAACAAAAUGCAUUGUUUUCUGAACAACUUUGCGGCAACAGCAUACCUCAACUUUCUAGUUUGGUAUCAAAAUAUUACAUUGAUUACAAGAUAUACCAAAAUGAGUUAUAUGGCCUGAAACUCAGAAAAGCUAACCUACAAGAGCAACUAAAGCUUAUCACAAACAAUUUGGAUACACGUUAG